CUCCCUCACUCACUCAGAACCUGGCAGCUAUUUCCUGCCGCAACACUGGCGACGGGGUCAGUCAGACUUACUUUAAUUUUAAUAAACACUUUUUUUUCGAAACAAUUUGUCGCAAAUCGACCUUCCAUUUCUCCACAAUUGCCUCAUCUGAAUCGCCGGUUCAAACCCGAGAGCGCGCCCGUGUUUCAGCGUCAGGUUGACCGCAUGGACAGCGAGGGCCAGGCUGUCUUUGACUUCGUUUUACUGAAGCUCGGGCUCGAAGAAGCGGCGGGCUCAGUACUUUUAGCCAGUUAAAGAUACUUCAGCGCAUAUCGUGGAUUGAGAGUCUGGAAACACGCUGAAGAAAAUGAAUGAGAAAGAGAGCAGACUGUGUUGAUACAAUAACGGAGCAAAGCCCGUCUCAUUUAAAUGUUUAAAUAUCACUUGCAGUUUCAAAGAAGCAUGUCACAUUUACAGGGUGAGAUCAUCUUACCCGAUUCAAUGUACUUCACAUCGCAGCAUUGUGUUUACACUUGCUUUCUUAAAGGUGCAGCUAGUAGUAAGGUGUGUGUGUGUACAUCUGAUGUUGUGUAAUAUUAUGUUGUGAUCUGAAGUCCCUGCUGGCGCCUGGGGUUUAUGUGAGAGGAUAUAACGGCCUCGAGGAAAUUAGAUGCGGUGGAGAAAUGAACUUUAUCGAAUCACUGGUUCGCAGAUUCCAAGACCCGAACUGGGAAUUUUACAUCGGUCAACCAUGGAGAGAAUUGAUGAUGGCCACAGCCAGCGACAUCUUUCCUUUGGGCGUGGCACAUCUUUGAAGCGGCUGAUUCUUCUAGGGACGGCACAUUUCACUAGCCCCGCACACAGCCAUGCACGGAGAGGAGGCGAUUUAAUACAGGCCCGCACCGCUGCCUGGGAGAGCAGUGACCUCUGGUGAAAGGAUGCAUUCACAGGCUGGCGAAGCUGACGUUCCUGCAAAUGCUAGGCCAUUCGGCCCAACGAGUCCAGAUUGACCCUCUGAAGAGCUCUCCAUUUAGACUCACUCAGAGGGAACUCCGCACAAAACAGUCACUCAGGACUAAAAUUGAACUCGGAUGCUGAGACACAGCAAUGCUAACCAGUCUGCCACCAUGCUGCCCUGGAUGUGCGGUCAAACAGAUAAAUGAAACCCUGAUUAAAUACAUAGAGAAGGAACAAAGCAGCUAGUCUUGCUGUUUUAGAAUGAGACAGGAAGAACAAACAUCAGGCCAGCGGUGUGUUAGAGGAGAGCUGAUGGUCCAUGAUUAAUUAUUAAACAUCACCUGCGUAAUUCCAAACGUGUCAAUGUUUUGUGCUCAGUGUUGAUUCCAGCCCGUUGAGUGGACCCUAUGGAAAUUUCACUUAGCCGUUACUCUGAGUAUUCAGAACCUGCUCGCUGUGCCCCUCGCUUCCUUUAUACACUUGCGUGUGUGGCAGUUGCAAAUAAAAUUGCAAAUCGAUUGGUUUCCUUGGCAACCUGCAUUGCCGUGUUCCAGCACUGUGCUAAUCUGCCCUGAAUCUCAGCACGCUAUUGUGUUUUGGAGAGAGCGAGUCAGCAGGACUGUUUAGACCGGCGCGCACAAAGCAAAAGGAGAUGCUGCGAUACCUACGUCUAUUUUACAAACACCAUUGAUUCAAAUACAUCGAAUUAACUUGCAAGAUACAGGGACUGGAACAUCAAGGCAGUGCUCGUUCUCAAGUUUGUUGUGAAAUCACUGGCAGUUGAUACUACCUUACGUGUGGAGUGGAAGGAAGUGAAGUCAGCUGCAGCUCUCUUUCCAUUGGGAAGCACUACGACUUCUCUAGUGCGAAGGCUAGCACACCAGACAUCAGUAGACAGCCCGGAAACCGCUGAGGUAAAUGUUGAAGACACUAUUGAAAUGUUACCGAAAUCAAGACGCGCACUUACAAUCCAGGAGAUUGCUGCACUUGCAAGAUCAUCUUUGCAUGGUUUCUCCCAGGUUGUAAAAGACCAUGUAACCAAGCCUACUGCCAUGGCUCAGGGUCGAGUUGCUCACCUCAUAGAAUGGAAGGGCUGGUGUAAGCCUAUGGAAUCUCCAAUGACUCUGGAGAUUGAUUUCAAUUCCUAUUCCGACUUAAGUGAAGGUGAACAAGAAGCAAGAUUCGCAGCAGGAGUGGCAGAACAAUUUGAGAUUGCAGAGGCUAAACUCAAAGCGUGGUCGUCUGUCGAUGGCGAUGAUUCAAAUGAUGACUCGUAUGAUGAAGAUUUUGUACCAACUAGUGACAGCACGCUGCCAGCUGAUGCAGCUGGACAAUACCCCCAACUGAAUUAUUCGAGUGAUAUGCUGCAUAGCCAUUUGUGCAAACUAACAGUGAGACAGGCAUCAUGUGAGCAGGAAAGUGAUUCCUCCCAAACUGUCUCCCCAGAGACCCUUUGUUCAAGUCUGUGCAGCCUGGAAGAUCACCCUUUGCUUAAAAUGGAGCUGGGGUCCCCCACCGAAUUAGCCACAAAACUGUUUGGUCAGAUCAGUGCAAUGACUGAUCACAGGGACACGAUCACUCAGCUGCAACCAAACAGCAACACUGAAUGUGCCUUUAGGAACCUUAUCUGUGAGGACUCCUCUUAUUCUGUGUCUUAUGCUGAAUCUUGUUUUACCCCAGAGGAAGAUGACUUGUCAUGCCAAGAUUACAAAACCAUCUGUAAGAAGGAGGAUGGUGAGUAUGAGGGACGUAGAAAAGUAUCAGACGUUGCUUCCUCAGGUGUAGUAUCUCUGGAUGAGGACGAUGCAGAAGAUCACUGAAUCCUUUGUGACCCUGGCAUGUGUUUCUCCCUUUGAUACUGGUCGUGAGGCGUCCAAACAAUCGGUCUGUAUUUUGUAAAAGACUGUAAAAAUAGCCUUUGCACAAAUAAUUGCCUGAGGUUUGAUGCAAAGGUUCAAGCACUUCACAGGUUUGCAUGCUAUGAAGUGCCAAAAGGAACUGUUUGCUGAAAUGUUCUUAGCACGGUAUGUAGCUCAAGCUUUGAGAAUCUUUCGUACUGAUCUUUAAAUUACAUGCUAUGUUAUUUUUCAUGCUGGAAAGCAUUCUCCAGUCACAAUGGCAUGGCUAUGUCUUGUGCUAAAAUGGCCAAAUUAUAAUCUUCGUAAAAGAUUAAGCAGCUGCUGGAAUGUUCUUAAAAACAGACGACAUGUCUUUUUAAAAAUAUUUCACAUAAGAGGUAUUUGCUUUUAACCUUCUAGUUUUAUACCAUUCAACAUAUUAUAGUCAGAUGAUAAAUUGAUUUUCAAUGGUCUAAAUGAAAAACAUGCAAAUCUCUAAAUCUUUUAAAUUCCCACAGUUGAAUCUAAUUUUGGAUAAAAUAGUUUCCACUGAUGCAGUAAAGGAAAAGUGCAUUAUGGUUCAAAUUUUAUAUUUUUGUAUUUGUGUCUGCAUCUUGUGAGGUAUUGCUGUAAAUUGGAUUGCACGGGGCUUCAGUGCUGUUGCUGUAGGAUACUUCUUUGUUAUCACUGUGUGAUAUAGUCUACAAACAAAGAAUACUGUGGUAUUUCUGACUUUCAUUGUCAUGCCAUUUAAACUGCAAGUUUAACAUAUAUUAUACAAGAAUAAUGCAGUCAAUAUCCCACUCAAAUAAAAGUCACGCGUGAGUGCCUGAAAUACCAAUUGAUGUGGCAGUUUCAAAGCAUUAAUUUCUAAAAAUUACAAGAAAGUUCCAUCUGGAAGUGCGUGAAUUUGAUGACUGUAUCGGCCAAUGUAAUGAUGAUGAUACAUGGAUCUAAUCUAUUUUCUUUCAAAUUAUAUUCGGAAAGGUAUACCAGGACUCAUUAGUUUCUAGCUAGGUGCUUCAAUCAUUCACUCAUGUGAGGAAGGUUUUAAUUGGUGAAGGUUCUCUGCCAAUGGCUUCCUUUUUUUGUGUUAUUGCUGUUUUCCUGGCACGGUCAUGGCCUGGCAGUGGAAAAAACAACUUCCAUGCAAUGUUUAAUUGGCUGUGGCUGUUUUCUUGAAAAAUUAUGAGCAAUUCAUUUGCUUCAGAUUGCCCAUAACUAUGACUUGGUUACAUCUCAUUAGCAACCGUUUUGUUUGACUGGGUCUGCCUUUUCGUUUGGAGUUUGCUGGAUAUGAUUUGUAAAUGUUCUUAAUUUUCCCAAGAAACAUCACCUACCUUGAAUGCCUGCUAAAAUGUUUCAGGGCUUGAUAUGGCCCAGACUGUACAGCAUUAAUGUUUGGAGCCCUCACGCCCCUCUACCUGACCCUCCUCAGAAUACUGAAGUGGCCUGAUUGAUUAUGCUUUAACAGCAUCUCAGGAGAGUUAAGAAAGCAUGUGUUUUUUCUCCUUCUAAGACAUAGACAAACCGAGUAACAAUUGUUACAGACCAAAACUGGGAAAUCAAGCUCUGUAAUUUUUUUAAAAAGCUGCAAGAUCCGUCAUAAUUUGGCUGUAAACAUUUGAUCAUAUUGCCUGAUUGUUUUGGAUGUACUUGAGUCUGCAACUAAGUAAUUGCUAGUCUUUGUCAUACUUCCUACUUUUGAAUCGAAGUAUAGACAGGGUGAAAGUGGAUCGUCUUUUUGCUUAAGAGCAGGGCUAUUUUGCUACAACUGGGGUUCUAAUAAACCUUGCUGAAUAAAGCUGUUCAAAUUAUUUUCCACAUAGGCGUUAACAGAGGUUGCAGAUCUCUCCAUUACUAUUUGUGCAAAGGUUUUGUAACACUAAAAAUUUUAGAAGUUCCCAGUUCAAUGGAAGAUGCCACUGUGAAUGUUCCUAUGAAUUCUACUUGCACUCAUCUAUUUUGUAAUAUUGUAAAUGUAGUAUGUGGUACUGUUCUUUAGGAUAUAACUUGUGUCUUCUUUUGUCUAUCAUUUUCUUUGUUAUAGUAAUAAUUAAGAAUUCCAAAUAAACUAUCAGUAAUGUUUCUUUGUUUGCUUCAAA